UAAUAAUCACUACCUACCUACUGUUCAGAAGACCAGUGGCGGUUGUUCGACGUAGUGCUCAGUGUGGAGAUAACUUUGGAGAAAAUGUGUCUCAUACAAAAAAUAAUUUGAAACCUUGACAUAUAAUACAAUUUUCUUGUUUUAACAACCAAUAACCAGAACAAAGGUGACGUCCUAGACUGGUGUUUGGUCAGUUCAAGUGAAUUUCAUCAAAGCAACGAGAAUAUAACAGUGGAGCUUGAAAAUAGUCGCGAUCAAUAAUGUUGUACAAUUACAUUUGUACCCUAUGUAUGUGAGCAAAAGUAGAUCGUGCUGAAUUGAUUCAUAGCAGUGCUCCAGUCGACAAUCAACGAUGGAGGAGAGUCGGCCGCCUCAGGACGGUGAAGAGGAAUUGCCAGAUUUGGACAUAUUGCUGCAAUGCCCGGUAUGCUAUGAAAUACCGUUAGGUCAGAUUUACCAGUGCAACGAAGGGCACCACGUAUGCGAAAGAUGCAAGUCCCGCAUCAACUUGUGCCCGGUUUGCCGUGCCCUUUUUUUCGGCACACGGAACUUUGCCAUGGAAGAAUUAAUUGGCAACUUCCGCAAACUGUCGGCAUUCAAACUUGCCGGACGCCACACUACUGGCAUUCUGGCUCCAGAUGGCUGUUGGCCUCCGCCGAGAGACACUGAUUCUGAUGACACGGACUCUGAUAGCGACAUCGACGUGUCCCUUUUAGCCGCACCUAAUCCAUGCAAGGGUGUAUUCCGCUGCCUUUGCUGUGAUCAAAUGCAUCAAGUCAGGUUGCCAUCAGCACGAAUACUGAAUCACCUACGCUAUCAUCACGCACCGCAACUUAUCGAGGGUGAUGCUGAAAACGGCGAAUACAUUAGGGCCUGGCAAGUAAACACCCGUUGUAAAAAACUAGUAACCGCUCUGCGUGUCACGAAUAUGGGCAUAUUUUUCUUAACAAUCGAAAUGAGCGAUGAGAAGAUAUGCGCUUGGCUGACCAUGGCCGCCUCGCCCUGCGUCUCGCUUUGUUUCAGCUACACUCUCACAUUGUCCGGAUGCGACCGCGAAGCCAUUUUCAUUGACACCGUGUCAUCCGUGCGUUCCUGCGAAGGUUCGUUAAAGAAGCGCGGCCAUUGCUUGGUGGUGACCGGAGCCGACUCUCGUGCUCUAAACGCGCCCCUCGUUAUAAACACGAAACUUACGAUCCGCCGCGUUCCCUUGAGUCAACUCGCCGACGAAGCCGAGCCGCGUUUCUUCCUCCGCGUCGCGAGCCGCAGCACCAGGCCGACAGUGUCCCGCGCUCACCGCGAGCUGGAGCCCUUCCUAGAGGACUUGCAGGAAGACGUCGCGAGACUGUCGCGCGCCUUCGCUUCGCUCGGUCACGAUGCUCUGAUGCGUUUGAACGACGCCACCGGAGGGCUCGGCUUAUUCGCGGCCGAAUUUCCGUUACGCGACGAACUGGAAAACGAACGCGAGUUGUCGCGCAACGCACGCAGGCGCAUGCGUCAGAGGCUGAGAGCGGCACUGAUCCGCGAGCGACGCGCCCGCGAACACUCCUCCGACGAUUCGGACGAAGAGAACAUUCGGAUUCUCCAGAUACCAAAUAAUAACAGCGUUCGCCGGACCGGCCUCGCUUCACUGCAGCAGCCGACAGAGGGCCCAACUAGCGGCCCAUCCGGCAGUGGCAUCUCCAGCGGCCCAUCUAGCAGCGGCCAAUCCAGCCUUGCCUCUAGCAGCAAUGUUAGCAACGAACAAGGCAGCGAAAAUCGCCCCAACACUAAUAAAAGGAGGCGCCGUCAUCGCCGUUAAACUGAGUCUGAUGUCUCACGUCUUUCAAAUACGUGUAAUUAAUAAGUAGAAUUUGGUGUCAUAAAUGUAAUUCAGUAUGGUGUUGAUUAUUCAUUGUUUGCCGUGUCUGAACUGCUUCAGUCCCUAAGUGUUCUCGUCAGUAUAAAAUUUUAACGUAUCGCUGUUUUAAUAGAAAUCGUAUAAUAAUAAUCACAUAUUUGAAAUUAAUAUAUUCGUUACAAAUUAUUAAGAUUGUAUUACUUCAUGAUGGAUGUUAGUAUAGACAUAUAAAUUUUAACUAAUAAAUGAAAUAGAAUAGUAAUUAUAUAAUAAUUUAAAUGUGUAGUGUUAUUUUUAUUUGUUUUGUUGAAAGAUCAUUUUAUUUGCUAUGACGAUGUAUUCGCUUUUUAUGAAUUUACUAUGAUGAAAUAAUAAAAUAUGGAUGUGUCUUCUAGUAACGAUCAAUACAAUUUAUUCUUGCGCUUAACAUCAAUGGAUUUAAUCAUAAAAGUGUAUACCACUGUAGCGUUAUCAUUAAAUACUUGUGUUAAUGUACUUGUCCACCGAGACUAUAAUUAAACUUACAAAUAAAUGAAAUUAGUACAU